AUGACCUCGCGAGCCAUCUCCAUCGACACCAGUGGCCUCUACAAACACAAGCCGCACGGACCAGCGGGGAAGAAGUCGGCCGACACGCCGCUGUUGAGCCACCUUCGUGCCAACAUUCAGCUCCGCGGACCGAUCUCGGUGGCCACCUACAUGAAAGAGGCCCUCACCAACCCCAUGCACGGCUACUACAUGAACAAGGACGCCUUUGGGCAGAAGGGCGACUUCAUCACCUCGCCCGAGAUCAGUCAGAUGUUUGGUGAGGCGCUUGGCGUGUGGUGCAGCGAUCUCUGGGAGAAGUUGGGUCGGCCGGCCAUGUGGAACCUAGUCGAGCUGGGACCUGGUCGUGGCUCGCUCAUGCACGACAUGCUACGCGUGUUGAAGAAGACGCCGGAGCUGUUUGGUCAGAUGACGAUUCACAUGGUGGAGGUGAGCCCCUACCUGAGGCAAAAGCAAGCGGCCACGCUCGGCUGCGACCCUACCCUGCUCAGCGGUGAUGCCGCCAAGGAAACGUCCUCAACCGAGGACAGGGAAGGCUCCAAAAUUUUGAAGGCCGGGGCGGCCAACUUCGCUGCAGACACGAGAGACACCAAGCCCACCGCCGGGCGGGAGGAAACGGGACACUGGAGCUCGCCCGUGCUCACGGGCGCCGACGGCGUGCGGGUCCAAUGGCACCGGCACUUCCGGGACGUGCCCCCCGGCCCAUUCCUCGUCGUGGCUCAUGAGCUGUUUGAUGCGCUGCCCGUGUACCACUUUGAAUAUACGGAGAAGGGCUGGCUCGAGCGACUGGUGGACGUGGACCAGGGCGAGGGUCCGCACCACCUCCGCUACGUGCUCUCGCCCGGACCCACCUACGCCACCAUGGCUCUCCUGCGGCAGGCGGGCGUGAGCACAGAGCCGAAGCCGAAGCUGAAGCAAAAGGCCCCGACGGCCAGCUUCUCCUAUCGAGGCGGCGAAGAUGACGACGACGACAAUGACGACGACAACAGGCCCACCGACGGCCCCAAGGUCGGCGACCGUAUCGAGGUGUGCGCCGAGGGCAUGGCCUUGGCGAGCCAGAUCUCGGAGAAGAUAGCCAGAGAGCAGGGCCGGGGCGCCGCGCUGGUGAUCGACUAUGGGCAGGACAGGACGCGUGAGGACACCCUACGCGCCAUCAAAAAUCACAAGAUCCAGGAUGUGCUAUGCGAGCCCGGCCUGGCGGACAUCACAGCUGAGUCGAUUUUUCCUCGCUUCGCCGCACGGCUCAGCAGACCCGGCCAGUUCCUGCAGGAGCUCGGCAUCGACGCUCGGCUGGCCACGCUCCUCAGGAGCGCUGGAGACGACAGUGCGCAAGCAAAGGAUCUGAUCGCCGCCUACGAGAGACUUGUGGACGACGAGCAGAUGGGCCUCACCUACAAGGCCAUGACCAUCUGCAGUCUCCACAACGUCAAGCAGCCGCCCGUUGGCUUCUCUCUGUAG